ACGACUCACCUUUGCCACACUGCUGGAAAUACCGUAUGCGAAAACCUAUAAAAAAGUGCUUUUGGAUUCAAAAAAACUAUGUCGGCAAAAAAUGCCGCCUGCUCUAUGAGGAAAUGCCCACUGUGACUGUGUCUCGUUACAUAAGGAAACAAAAAUUAACUAUAACUUGUGAAAGAAGGCUAUGGGGAUAAAUCCUUUUGGAGUUUUUUUCUAUCCUCUAUCAACCGACUCAAUAUCACUGAAAACGGACGGUGACACGUCAGAAGUUGUUUUGUAGAUUUCCGUACUAUACAUAACUCGCAAUAUUAUCUAUGGGUAUCCUUUACAGAAAUUCAUCUUACUUUUGACUUUUUCCAGAUUCCUGUUGAGAGAUAAUAGAGUCUUCACGUGCGCCUAUGUCAACGUAUUAUCAGAAAUCGUAAGACUGAUUCUUAGCUGAUAUCACCAGAAAGAAGAAUUUUACAAGAAGCAGGACAAGAAAGUCAACCAGUGUAUGUGUCAUAAGGCAUUCAGCGAAAGGAAAUAAUGGGUUUGAGAUCAUGUCAGAUGAUAAUUACCUAUCUCAACAAUUUAGUCAAAAAAUUACAAGAAAGUUCUUGAUAUUCAAACAUCAUAUUUAUUGUGAAAUGUUAAUUUUAGAUGCACUGUAACAUAAUCAAAGAGUGUUAUAUGAUGGCAAUUUGUUAGAAGGAACCGAAGUUUAAAUUGGUGUCACAUUCUCAUAUAUACUUCGAUUAGGCAUAGAGUAUUUUUGUACUCAUAACAAUUUGUUAUUUAGAAAUAUAGCAUUCUGGUUUUUUUUCUCAAGGAACAAAUGGAGAAAAUUGAUUUAUGCUCUGGAAAUUUUUGGAAAGAAUUUAAAGCUUUUGCUUUAAGGGGUAAUGUAUUUGAUUUAGCUAUUGGCAUAAUUAUUGGUGGUGCAUUUACAAAAGUUGUCGAGUCACUUGUAAAUGAUGUUCUUACGCCACCAUUCGGCUUUUUACUGGGUGGUGUUGAUUUUUCUAAUCUUACAUUACAUGUUAAUAACUUUUAUACAAAUUCACCGCCUGUCGUCAUUCGAUAUGGACGAUUUAUUCAAGCAAUUAUUUAUCUUGUCAUUGCUGCUUUCGUAUUAUUUUUUGUCAUGAGACUCAUCAAUAAAUUACACACAUUGGCCAAAGCAAAGUGCGAACGCAAAUUGGAAGGCCAUCCAUCACUAGAACAUAAAGUUUUGGUAGAAAUACGUGAUCUAUUAGCUGAAAAUAAAGAAAAUAGACAAUUACCAAACAUUCAGCAUCCUGAAAUGCGUGAAUAA